AUGGCCAGGUCAGCUGACACCAUUGAGAUGCCGGCUCUGGGCCGCCCGUUCCAGCUGGGGAUGCUGUACGACUGCCGCAGUGACUCCCUCAUCCCAGGCAUCACUUUAUGGGACCUGGAGACACUUCGAAAUGAUGUCGAUGCAAAACCACAGUGCAAGACUGACUAUCAGAUUAUUGCAUCUGACACCACUGACGACAAGGCCUCUGCCCUCAAUGUCACAGCUUCGCUGAAGGCCAGUUUCCUGUUUGGCCUGGUGAAAGUGAGUGGAUCUGCAGAAUAUUUAAGUAAUACCAAGACAUCAAAACAUCAAGCCCGUGUUUCUCUCCAGUACUCAACUACAACACAGUUUAAGCAGCUGACUAUGAGUCAUAUAGGUCGCCAGAAUGUUUCUUACCCUGAUGUGUUUGACCAAGGCACGGCCACCCAUGUGGUCACGGCUGUGCUGUACGGGGCGCAGGCUUUUUUUGUCUUUGAUCGGGAAGUUUCUUCAUCUGAGAACAUACAAGAGAUACAGGGAAACCUCCAGCUUGCAAUUAAAAAAAUACCACUGGUUUCCAUAGAGGGGAAAGGAGAUCUCAAAAUGGAUGACAGGGAAAAAGCACAAGCUGAAAAAUUUAGUUGUAAGUUUUAUGGUGAUUUUUCUCUUGAGAACAAUCCAGCUACUUACCAAGAUGCCAUGAAAGUUUAUUCCACUCUCCCAAAGCUGCUGGGUGACAACGGGGAGAAGGCCGUACCAGUGAGAGUCUGGCUGUACCCAUUGACCAAGCUGGAUUCCACAGCUGCUCAACUGGUGCGUGAGAUCAGCUUAACAUUGAUCUUUGAUAUUCAAACCUCCCUGGAGCAACUAACAGAAUUAGACAUGCGAUGUAAUGAUGCGGUGAAGAAUCCAAUUGCCACAACGUUCCCCGAAAUCAAGAGGAAAAUCCAGCAGUUCAAAGAUCUGUGUAAGCAACACAGAGAGACUUUCCAGAAACAGCUAGCAGGAAUCUUACCCUCCAUCCGUGGAGGUGGAAAAGAGGAAGGGGCCCUGGUGGACAUUUUAACCUACAAAAACCAGUCACCAUUCAAUACCCAGCAACUCAAUGAAUUUCUGGAUAAAAAGGAACGAGAAAUGAAUUUCGUCAACUCCUAUCUUUCUGCCCUAAAGGAUGUGGAAGUAGUGUCCUCCCAGAAUAAACUGGAUGAAAUAGUACUUGACCCCAUGAAUGAGUUUGUUGUCGCCUUUAUGUUCACUUCCUUACAUGAAGAGGAACCAUAUUUAUCAGAUUUAAAACUCUGCCUUCAGACCCAGUUUAUGAAGAAUACCCAAGAUUCUGCAUCAGCCAGUUCUGUCAGCGAGAAAUCCAAACUGUGGUUUGAGGACAAAGACAGAAACAAAAAAGCCCGAAAAUCUGCAAAAUCCAUUUCAGACUUUGCCCGGGUCAAUAAAUCUAAUGGGAAAACUCGAGUCAUUGUGGCCUCUGUCCCAGAUGAGGACAAUCCUGGAGCUUCAAUUUACCUCUAUGAAAACGGAGACCUGGUCAGCACUAACUAUGAACCUCCAUCGAAACCUCUUUCUCUCCUUAUAGAUGAAGUCAGACAUGACCAUGUGCAGCUCACGUUUAAACCAGCAGCCUUUGGAAGGGAGGAGAUAUCUUGCUAUCGGGUAGAGUACAGAAUGGCAGGGCAGGAGAACUGGACGGCUGUGGAUACAAAAGAUAAACAAGAGACAUUCACAGUGACAGGGCUCCGUCCAAACACCGAGUACCAGUUCCGAUAUGCUGCAGUGAGCAAACCAGGGCUAAGCAUGAGCAGUGAUGUGAGUGAUCCUGUGAAGAUGCUUCCUACCAGCCCUCCUGGAAAAUCAGAAAAAGCUACUGUAGAAUCAUCUUCCAUUGCCCUCACCUGGGCGAGUCCAAGUGUUAUUGGAGAUGGAGUCACUAUAAGGGAGUAUAAGGUGGAAUAUAAAGAGGAAGCUGAAGGUGAAAGACAUGAGGGGAAAGAGAAAUGGCUGGAACAAAGGACAGACAAGAGAACCGAGUUCUGUAUCAUUGAUGGACUGAGGCCUCGGACGCCCUACAGAUUCCGGGUGUCGGCUGUGUGUGCAGACGGGACUGUGAGUCACCCAGGUGAGGAGGUAUCAAUUUCAACAUCAGGAGAAGAAUUAAAGACACUAGCACAAGAUUUCUUCAAGAAGAGCACUCUGAUAGAAAAAGGGCAGCCCUCAGUUUAUGCCCUUCCAAUAGAGAAGGUGGUGUUCCAUUCUAAUGCAAUAUAUCUAAAAUAUAGACUGGGAAAAGAGAACCUGCAGAUCCCUAACAAAGUCAUUAUGGUGCUGGGAGCAACUGGGUCUGGGAAAACUACACUCAUCAACGGGAUGAUCAACUAUGUCCUGGGUGUGCAAUGGAAAGAUGAAUUCAGAUUCAAAUUAAUCCAUGAGACCACAAACAGAAGCCAAGCUGAGAGCCAGACAUCUGAAGUGACAGCCUAUGAAGUUCAUUACACAGAGGGCUUCAAAGUCCCCUAUUCCUUGACUAUAAUAGACACCCCAGGAUUUGGCGACACCAGAGGGAUAGAGCAAGACAAAGAGAUAACAAGGCAGAUUCGAGAGUUUUUCUCCACCCGAGGGGCCAUUGAUCACAUAGAUGCCGUCUGCGUCGUAGUUCAGGCCUCACUCGCUCGUUUGACACACGCCCAGAAGUACGUGUUUGACUCAGUGCUCUCUAUCUUUGGGAAGGAUAUAAAAGACAAUAUACAAAUCCUGAUCACCUUCGCAGAUGGACAGAUGCCCCCUGUUCUACAGGCCAUUAAUACAGCUGAUGUCCCUUGUGCUAAAGAUGCUAAGGGCAACCCUGUUCAUUUCAAAUUCAAUAACUCCACACUCUUUGCCUGUAAUGCUGGAGCUGACGAGGGCAGUUUUAAUUUUGAUGAAAUGUUCUGGAAAAUGGGAGCCAUGAGCAUGAAGACAUUUUUUGAAUCCUUAGUUAAAUUAGAAACCAGGAGUUUAACUUUAACGCAGGAAGUUCUCAGAGAGCGGAAGGAGCUGGAGACAGCUGUGGAAGGGCUGCAGCCACAAAUCAAAGCUGGUCUGGUGAAGCUAGAAGAACUGAGAAAGACACAGGAAGCUCUGGAACAGCACAGGGGUGAUAUGGAGGCCAAUAAAGACUUUGAGUAUGAGGUAGAGAAAACAGUGCCAGUGCAGGAGAACAUCUCUAGUACAGGUGACUACAUAACAAACUGCCAGCGGUGUCACUAUACGUGUCACUAUCCCUGUGGAAUCCCUAAUGAUGAUGAUAAGCGCGGGUGUACAGCUAUAGAUGGGAAUACAGGAUGUUGCAUGGUUUGCCCUGGUAAAUGUUUCUGGAACGUUCAUUUCAAUCAAAAGUACAAGUGGGGAUAUAAAGUAGAAAAAGUGAAACAGACCUAUGCACAACUGAAAGAAAAGUAUGAGAAGGCAUCUGGUGAGGUGUUAUCGACAAAGAGUGUGGUUGAGAAGCUGUCUCAGGAAUACGCUGCAGUGGAAGAGAUAUUAAUGGAGCUUAUUGAUAAAUCAUCUCGCAGCCUCCAGCGUCUGCAAGCAAUUGCUUUGAAACCCAACCCGCUGUCCACGCCGGAAUACAUUGACCUGCUGAUCAUGUCAGAACAACAGGAAUUAAAGCCUGGGUACCAAGAAAGGAUAAAAUCGCUGAGGGAAGUGAGGGAAGUAGCUGAGAUAAUAAGAAAGAUUGCCAAUAAGGAGGCUCUGCUGCCAGGAGAGAAGGAUAUGUAUGAGAAGCAUAAAGAAAAAAAGUCUGCCUUCAAAAUUUUGAAAGAAAAACUGGAUAUUUGUAAAGGCUGGUUUAAAUGAAAAUUGACGGCAGUUUACCCAUGAAAAUGAAAUCGCCAGUUUAACCAAAGCAUGUAGCUUAGCCGUGAUUCAGGGCUGGUGUCUCUUGUCUUUUUUAUAACAUUUUCUUUUAAGAUUCAAUCAGCCUGAUUCUCCUCUAACUUACACCAGCUUUAUUGCGCUAUUCAUCUUACACCAGUGUAACUAACUGAGGAAUCUGGCCCCUUGCGUCGGAGGGAAAAACAUUUUAUAAAAAUAAAAAAAAAAUGAGUUUAACUCCUUAAGAGGAAAUUGCUUCACUAUCUAAUGUUCACAUGGACACUUCUCAGAUCAGGCUUAGAAACCUAUGUUCUGUUUCUACAAGUGCUCUCUCUGUCACUGCUUAUAUUUAUACCUGGGGUAAUUCUGCGCCAAAAAAUGAAAAAAUUCUGCACCAUAAAAUUAAAAAUCCUGUGCACAGUAUUUUAAAAUUUUGCAUAUUUUAUUUCUCUAAAUAAUGUAAAUAUAAUCGCGCAAGUUUCAAU